CAAGCAUAAAUCUCCAAACUCUAAAUAUUUCUUCCACUUCACAAUACUUUUCCUCUCUUUAAGCGGUUACCAAUAUUAACAACCAUGCCAAAGGUUUAUCCAAAUGCGAAUGAUCCAAAUGCAACAACAGCAAAACCCACAGAAAUCCCCAGACAUGUUUCGAACAGACAGAUGGAGGUAUUAACAGUAUGGAAAAAAUCACUUAUCUUCAACUGUGACGGUUAUACUGUUUUUGAUACAAAAGGAAAUCUCGUCUUUCGUGUUGAUAAUUAUCAAUCUGGGAAAAAAGAAAUCGUUUUAAUGGAUGGCAUAGGAAAAUCUCUUCUUAUAAUCCGUCGUAAGAGAUUGAGUUUGGCAGAUAAUUGGAUGGUGUUCGACGGGGAAACUUCGGUUAGUCCAAUAUUCUUGGUGAAAAAGCCCGUGAAUUUCUUAGCAUCAAAGAACUUAGCUCACGUGAUGUCUUGCCAAACUAACAAUAAGAAUCAGCUGAUAUAUGAGAUUAUUGGAUCGUAUGCACAACGGCGAGUGGCUGUGUAUGAUAGCAGAAAAAGACUUGUAGCUGAAAUUCAAAGCAAAGAAGCUAAAGCAGGUGUAUCAUUUGGUGGUGAUGUAUUUUCGUUGAUUAUACAACCUGAACUUAAUCAGACAGUUGCGAUGGCUCUUGUUAUAUUAAUGGAGCAAAUGUUUGGAUUGAGAAGAUCAAUUAGUUUAGGGUGAUUAAUACUGGCGUACACUUCAGAUCGAAUAUACUUAUACUUGGAAAUUGGAUAUUGAGAACAAUACCGGCAAUCGGAUCCAAAGAGGACCUUACGGGAGAACCCUUUAAAUGGGAUUGCAGUUGUUGCAGAAAUACCUCAUGCAGAGCAUGGUUUGCUAAGGAAAGCUGCAACUAGAUGCUAGCUCAAGAUAAUGAGUUGGAGCAAAUAACAAUCUGGAAUCCCAAACAAAGUGAAGUUAUCAUUAUGGCUGGCGAGGUGUAUACCAAGAGCUUUACAAAAUGGUGUGGUAUCGCCUCACUGGAAACUAAACACGCAGAUUGAUCAGCUGCAUUUACGGAGUUUUGGCACCUAAAUUAAUUGCAACUCAGAACCAUUUGUUGUUAUGGUGUAUACAUCUCAAUUUUUAGGAAAAGGACUGGCAUGUAUGUUUGUUUUUUGUUGUUCCUUUUUCAGAUUAACUACAAAUAAACCACAAGGCAGACAUCAUGGUUAUGUUUCAUCCUUCAGUUAUAGGAUACCACCAAACUACUUCCAUCAAAUCAAAACCAAAACCAAUGGUUUAAAAUUCUUUGUGGAUUAAUUCCUAGGCUGUUUUUUUUUUCCUUUCAUUGGAUGAAGGGAAAUGAAUUAUGUAUAUGCUCAAAAGAGAUGUUACUUGUAAUGUUUGUAGCUAAAUGCUAAAAAAAAGGAUCACAAAAGUGAUGAUUUAAUUGGAUUA